AUGACGGUCAAUCCGCCGUCACCUGGCCGAUCUCGCGCAGGCAAAAAACGCCCCACGCCACAUCUCAACGCGACAUGUGAGCUCGUGGCACGCGUCCAGGUGUUGGCCAGGGAAGGCGAUGUGGAGAUAAAUGGACAUGAGCUUGACAUUGCCACUGUAGUCGCCGUGUCGAGAUUUGGCUGCAAGCCGUUCAUCGAGCGAACUCCCGAGCUGCUGGAAAACAUCGAAGCAGGACAAGACAUUUUGUACGCUCACCUUGAAAGCGGUAGCAAGCUUUAUGGCAUCAACACCGGAUUUGGAGGCAGUGCGGACCUUCGCACCAACGAGCUGCUCUCCCUCCAGCGAGCUCUGAUCCAACAUCAACAGUCGGCCGUCCUCACCCCAAGAGAUCUCGGAGCACUGCAUGAUGGCCACGAAGAGACCAGCCCCCAUUCCAUGCCCUCAGCGUGGGUCCAGGGUGCCAUGCUGGUACGGUGUAACACCAAUAUCCGCGGCCACUCGGCCAUCAGCCUGCAGAUUGCCGACACUCUUGUGGAGUUUGUCCGCAGAGAUAUGACACCCAUAGUGCCUCUCAGGGGUUCAAUCUCCGCAUCUGGUGACCUCAUGCCACUCUCAUACAUUGCGGGAGCCUUACAAGGGAAUCCAGACACAUUCGUCCGGACAGGGAAAGGCAAGGAUUUCAAGGUGAUGACCGCUCGAGAAGCAUUCAAAGAGAUCCAGCGCUUGAAUCUGGACGAUGAGGCGAAGCACGGCAAGCAGCUGGUCAAUGGCAGGAGCAUCGAAUACUCGCCCAUCGUCCUUGGACCGAAGGAAGGGCUGGCCUUGGUGAAUGGGACUGCGCCUUCCGCUGCGGUGGCGUGUCUCGCGCUGUACGAGGCGAACCAGCUUGCAAUCCUGUCACAGCUCAUCACCUGCCUUUCGUCGGAAGCUUUGGCGGGAAAUGCCGAGUGGACUCAUCCAUACAUUGCAGACGUCCGUCCUCAUGGCGGCCAGAUUGAAGUCUCACGGAACCAGCGGUCUUUCUUUGAAGGAUCCAGGCUCGUCGAGGGCCUCGACCACGCCAAUCGGCACCAGGAAGGGAUUGUGCAGGAUCGCUAUUCCACAAGAACCUCCUCUCAGUGGAUCGGUCCAUUGCUGGAAGACUUGCUUCAUGCGUCUGAGCAAUUGAAGGUCGAGCUGAACUCGACGACCGACAACCCGAUUGUUGACCUCCAGGCACGCGAGGUCCACUGCGGCGGCAAUUUCCAGGCCACGUCCGUGACGAUGGUUGCUGAGAAGAUCAGACUGUGUCUCCAGAUGAUCGGCAAGAUGCUCUUCGCCCAGACGAGCGAGCUGAUCAAUCCCGCCUACAACAACGGCCUGCCACCAAACCUGGCCUCGGACGACCCCAGUCUCUCCUUUUUUGCGAAAGGCGUCGACAUCAACAUGGCCGCAUAUCAGUCAGAACUGGCCUUCCUGGCCAACCCAGUUAGUUCUCACGUGCAGUCGGCGGAAAUGCACAACCAGGGGAUCAACUCGCUCGCUCUGGUUUCGGCCCGCUAUGCAAUGCAGAGUGUUGAGAUUGUCCACCUGAUGUCAGCGUCGGCCAUCUAUGUUGGGCUUCAGGGCGUCGAUCUCCGAACCAUGCACACGACCUUCCUAGCGCAGUUCAAGGACGUUGCCGAGGCUACCAUCCGCAAGACCUUUAGAUGCUGGAUGGCGGACAAUGAGAUGAAGCUACUCGCAAGCAACAUAUGGGCGUCUAUCCGUAAGACAUGGUAUGCCACCGCCAGUAGCGACGCCGCAGAUCGAUGUGAGAAGGUCGCAAAGGCCACCGUGGAGCCGAUCUUGAGCUGCCUGCACCAAUUCGACCAGCACUACCGCGGCCAGGGAUCUUGCCAGGAGCGAUUUGCGCGCGAGCACAAUGCCUGGUUGGAGGCGCUGCAGAAGGUCAUGUACGACGCGUUCCUGCUCCACCGCGCCAGCUUCUUCAACCGUCCCAGGACGCCCGAGUAUCUAGGCAAGGGCACCAAGAUCCUGUACCACUUCGUGCGGGAGGAGUUGGGCGUGCCGUUCCACCGCGGCCACAUCGAGGAUCCUGUAAUAAGGGAUAGUCUGGACGGACGUCCUGUCAAGACGAUCGGGUCGUGGAUCUCUGUCAUUUACGAGGCGCUGAGGGAUGGGAGGCUGUACGAUGUGGUGAUGAAGACAACGCAGAAGGGGACCUCCGCCACAAUUGCCACGGCGGAUGGACCGAGGAUGGACUUGUCAUCAGGAAGGUAA